AUGAUCACCUCUAAGAAAAUAGCGGCGAGCUCUAGGCCGAUGAAACAGACGCCGCUGCAGCUUCAAGCGAGGUGUAGAGGGCUUAAAUGGGUUGUUUUUCUAUUUGUUUUAAUAUUUUUCCUGUCGCUAGUUGUCUAUCAUUUUGCUUCACUUGUUCAGCCACAGCCUCUACCGCUCCCGCAGUCUUCCAGCUUUUAUGCGUUUGUUCCGCCUCUGAUCUCAGCCAAAAAAAAUUCUAACAACAAUGAUAACGGACAGUUUGAGGCAGAAGAUAGUAAAAAUUUGGAAAGAAUUCUAAGGGAAGCAUCGACGGCGGAGAAGACCGUGAUAGUGACGAUGAUGAAUCAGGCUUAUGCGGAUCUAAACUCAACAUUUGAUGUGUUUCUCGAGGGCUUUCAAGUCGGUGAUGGCACAGAGAAGUUGCUCCGUCACGUGCUCGUGGUGUGUUUGGACGAGAGAGCUUACUCACAUUGCGUGGAGGUCUUUCCUCACCGUUGUUUCUUGCUGAGGACUACCGGCAUUGAUUUCUCAGGCGAGAGGCUGUUCACGGUGGGGGAUUAUCUCGAGAUGAUGUGGCGCCGAACUGAGUUCUUGGGUUCUUUGCUUAAGCUCGGAUAUAACUUCCUCUUCACGGACAUGGAUACAGUGUGGCUUCGAGAUCAAUUUCCUCGAUUAAUUCCGGAUGUAGAUUUUCAAAUCGCUUGCGACCGCUUCAACGGAAAUUCUAGCGACACCCGCAAUUAUCCCGAUGGAGGAUUCAAAUUUGUCGUGGCGAACCACAGAACAAUCGAGUUCUACAAGUAUUGGUAUGUGUCCAGACUAAGAUACCCCGGCAAUAACGAGCAGGACGUAAUUAACAAGAUCAAAGGCAAUAAAUUGUAACGACCGUGACCCAAUGUG